UUUUCGUGAAUUCCUAGUUGGUGUUCAGCAUUUUUUGUGUACGAUGUUGGCGUAAGCGGAACCGUACACAUUCAGUUGGUUGUGAAAGGGGGCUAUCUUUAGAUGAGCACAUUAGCUGGUUAAGCUAGUGGGAGUUUGCGCCAUGGGGAAGUGCAAGUUUAAUGGUAACUGGAUGGUUAAUCCCACGUUCACCACAUGGUUCGCAUCGGUUCCAGACAAUAGCUGGAAAUUAUAGCUUAAAUUUAAUUUUAAAAAUAGCUUAAAUUUGGUCAAAGUGGCCUUAAAAAAGGUCUUAAAAAGUCUUAAAAUUGACUCCCUUAAACCUGCAGAUACCCUGGUCUUCUAGAUGUGUGUCCAGUCAUCGGUCCACCUCAUGACUGUGAAUCCUACCGACCCAGAAUGGGACCUUUGCAGGUGUUUUGAGUUGAUUUGAUGACUAGGGUGUGACAUAACGCAUAAACUAAAACGAUUAAAUUACAUGAAGUAAAGGCCCUAACUAUUUGUGAUAAAUCUAUUAUUAAUUUAACCUAAAAUAAAUGACAAAACCUAUUACACAUUUGAGUUGUCCCCUCUAACUCCCAAAGUUAGGCGCUAGAUCCCCAAGAAUGUUCAAAUGAUUGAUGGAUGUUGAUAAAAACCAAAAUUCAACAGUUCCUCCAGUCCAGUGGGACCGCAACCCGACAGUCCCAAAACCCUCAAGCAUGUCCUGGAUCAAAUCUUGUAUCUCGAAGGUGUGGUUUUCUGACAUUGGUUCAUUCAACCAUAUGAUUAUUUAACUUAUGAGUUGUAAAAGUUCACUUUUUGUUCUGAGUGUGGAAUCCAGCAGUCUGAGAUAAGAGGACAGCCUUUGUUUGGAGACCUAGGUUGACAAUCUUGACUUUAUGGAAUGUCAACAAGCACUGCAGACUCUUCUGGGUGUUAGAAGAUAGAAUAGAAAAUCCACCUAGAUAGUGGAAUUACUUCUGUAGACGACCAGUCAUUAUGUAAGUCAAUAUAUGGAUCAAAAUGGACCUUUUCUGGACGUUACAACUAGUUAGAGCAGGUGGAAAACGAAGCAGCUCCAUUCCAUGGAAGUGAAUCCGGCUCCGGGUUUGUCUGCAGCCCAGUCAUGCUGCUGGGCUCAUAUUCAGUCCAAUACUGCAGCGGGGAGCGCGCACACAAAUUUUGCGCGCUCCCCGAAGCGCGCACGGAUGAAGGUCACUUAAACACAAAAGGCUUUCAGCGAUGCGGUCCGAUAUGGCGCAUGCGCGAUACCGAAUCGAGCGCUUUAUGGACCGCAAUAUGGCGAAGAUGUCUGUCAGCAAGAACACGGACCGGGACCCCGAGAGGGUCAAAGAGGAGGAUGAUGAUGAUGAGCACCAGGAGGUCCAGAUCUCAGAGGAGGGGGAGGACGAGGGCACCACCAGAGAUGAUGAGGAUCCAGAGCCAGGACGCACACCAGGGGGCACUCAGGCGGUCCUGAUGCGGAAUCUGGACCGGGGACAGGAGUCCAGUGAAGACCUCUAUCAGUCAGAACCGAACAGGCUCAGCGAAAACACCCGACUGGCGACCCGGUAUGCGGUGAGGAUUUUCAGAGAGUUCCUCAGUGACAAAGCCCAAAGUCCAGAAUUUGAAACUCUGGACAAGCACGCGCUCUGCGCUGUGCUGCGCUCUUUUUACGCGGAGGCGCGCUCUAAAAGCGGACAGGUGUACAGCAAGUCCUCCCUGAUCAGCAUCAGGAGCUCCCUGAACCGGUAUCUGAACGAGCCACCUUACUGCCGAACCCUGGACCUCACCAAGGACCCCGAGCUGCGCAGCGCCAACCUGACCCUGGCCGCGGUCAUCCGGAGGCUGGAGGAGCACGGAGCGGGUCCCGUGGUCCAGAAACAAGCCAUCACACGUUCAGACCUUCGAAAACUCUACGAGUCCCCCGUGUUCAACACCGAGACCCCAUUCGGACUGCUGAACAAGGUCUGGUUCGAGACUUGCAUGUACUUCUGCACCAGGGGCCGGGAGAACCAGCGGGAGCUAGAGGAGGACUCCUUCGGUCUGGCCGCGGAUGAAGAAGGAAGAAAGUUUGUGUACUUUAAGGCUCUGGGUCCAUACCACAAGUCCCGCUCCGCCGCCUGGACUCGGAGGCGUCCCGAGGCAGACGAGGACACUCUGCCGCGGAUGUACGAGACAGGCACGGAUCAGUGUCCGUACGUCAGCUUUGUCCGGUUCGUGUCCAAACGGAACCCGCUCUGCAGAGCGUUCUUCCAGCGGCCGCGGGACCACUGCUGCGCGAGCGACGUCACAUGGUUCGAGAACAAAGCCAUCGGGAAGAACCUCCUGGGCACGAGGAUGCAGAUGUUGUCGCGCGCAGCCAAACUCUCCAAGACUUAUACGAACCACUGCAUCGGCGCCGUUUCCAUAGCAACGCUUAACAGCAUCGUAGGCUGCACGCGGGCCACCGCGCUUCCUGCCGCCGCAGAAACGGCCAACGGUCACUCGCAGUCCCGCCUCCACAAGCACCGAGUCACUGACGGGACCGGAAUGGACCCGGUGCCAACAAGACUCAGCGCCGAUGAGGAGCCCGGAGCACCCCACGCCAAAAAGGCGCGCCUCCGCCCAGAGCUGGGCGCGGAGCCUGUCCGGAGCCCGGUACCGGCUCCCUCACAGGACAGCAGUGGCAGCACAGGGUGUCAGCAGCUGGCUUCUGUGUCUGAAGGGGGCUCCUCUGGGCUCCCCGCACCUGCCCAGCUCAACAAAACAAAUGCACCAGUCCACAUUGAUGUAGGAGGUCACAUGUACACCAGCAGCCUGGCCACUCUCACAAAAUACCCAGAGUCCAGAAUUGGACGCCUGUUUGAUGGAUCAGAACCCGUCGUGUUGGACAGUCUAAAGCAGCACUAUUUCAUCGAUCGAGAUGGCCUCAUGUUCCGCCACGUGCUGAACUUUCUCCGAACCUCCAAACUGCUCAUCCCUGACGACUUCACAGAAUACGCUCUGCUGUAUGAGGAAGCCACCUUCUUCCAGCUCGCUCCUCUGCAGGCAGAGCUGCAGCGCAAGAGGAACGAGCAGCAGCAUCAGGAAACAUGUCCACAGUGCGAGUGUGUCGUGCUUCAUGUAGCUCCAGAGCUUGGAGAGAAGAUAAGCGUGAGCUCCCAGAGGGUUGUCCUAGAGGAGGUUUUUCCUGAGCUGAGAGAGGAUUUCUCCACGUGGAAGCAGGAAUCCUCGUACGUCACUCGCUUUCCGCUCAGUAGAAGCUGCCACUUCAGCUCUGUUCAGGUUCUGGAGCGGUUACAGCAAAGAGGGUUCUGGAUCAUCGGUUCAAGUGGAGGUGGAGUGGACUCUUCCCAGUUCAGUGAAUACAUUCUACGAAGGAAUGUUCAAGGCAGUCGGCACCCCCCUGCGCUUAAACAGGAAAUCCAGGACUGAACUGAAAUUCUCACUUGAACGUGUUACAAACAGGUCAACCGGGACCCCAAGAUGUAACGGGGUGGAAGAAGGGAUGGGUACAAAAGAACAUCCAGAAGCAAGAAGAAACAGAAAGACAAGAAUGUCCCACCCACCUAAACUUGAAAGCAACAGUUUUGUUAAAUGAACCAACAGCUGCACAAAUACAUUUUUUUAAUCUGUUUUUCCUGAUUCUAUAACCAGAUGAGAGCUGAGGGUUUCCCUCAGAAUGAAUUCAGUCUUACUUAAAACCCUCAGAUGUCUGGUACUUACAUCAACCCCAAACAACACUCUGGAGUCUGAUCAGGCUCCUCUAGAUACCAAGUCAGACUCAAUAAGACACAGACUCAAUAAAAUUGUCUCAUAACGUUUUGUCAACUAGAAAAUAUCAAAGCUUUUGACAAAAUACAAAUGCUUUUAGAUUGCAUCAACAAGUUUGUUGCCUAUAUCAGUGAUCACACAUUUUUUUAUAUGUUCUACCACCAGACUUUUGAUCAGCAGCAGAGAAAAGCACUUGAAUUUGUCAUGACUCCCAAUCCUUCACCCUCCUCUGCCUUCAUGCAGCACACCUGGUCAAGCCCCAGCCAAGCCCUGUUUCCCUGACCACCACAAUCAGCUUCAUCCACUUCACCUGCUUCUGACUCCUCAGCUCAUCACUCACAUCUGUUUUCCCCUGCUACAAAAGAACCAGCCAUGCAGUCAUUCAAUGCCAGAUUAUUGAAGACUUGGUGCCAGUAAAUUCUCCAGCAAUUCACCCUGCCUGAUCUCUCCCUCCGGACCUCGUUUUUCUCCUGACCCCUGCCUGAACUCUGCCUGCCUCCACGACUUUCGCCUGUCCUCAGCCUCACCUCUUGCCUGUUCCCCGCAUCUGCAUGUCCGAUCUGGUUUUGACUCUCCCCUCCUCUCCGACUAUCUCCAGCCUCGCCCAACUCUGGUAACUCUUGCUUCAAAUAAAGACUUUUUUUUAAAUAUA